AAUUAAUUGAGAAAGUGGGAAAUAAUUAUCCAGAUGGUGAUAAUGAUUUAUGCAGGAAAUAUUAACAUAUAUUAGCAUGCAGGAAAAAAACUUGUCUUUUCUUUUUUAUUUAGAAUUAAAUAUAGCUUAGCAUCUCAAAUUUUACAGAUGUGAAUUCUUUCUAGAAAAAAGUAACUUAUUUUCCUAUUUAAAAAUAGCAAUACAUGUAUGCAUCAUUAUGUUUAAUUUAACUUUUAGAUUGCCUGAAAUAUCUGUACAAUGUUUGCUAUUUCUUGUGAAGAUUGGAUUCCUGAAAAUGUUGUUUUCUUAAUUGGCAAAUACAUGCAUAGUAAAUUAAACUCUGCUUAUGUGCAACUCUUUUUGCAAAUUUUAGAGCUUCUUUUAUGACUAAAACAGUCCCUUGUGGGAAUGAGCUUCAUAAAUUUCUAAUCUGGGACACAGCAGGUCAGGAGAGGUUUCAUUCACUGGCACCCAUGUACUAUCGUGGAUCAGCAGCAGCUGUUAUAGUUUAUGACAUAACUAAGCAGGAUUCAUUUCAUACACUGAAGAAGUGGGUAAAAGAAUUAAAAGAACAUGGUCCUGAAAACAUAGUAAUGGCUAUUGCUGGAAACAAGUGUGACCUUUCUGAUAUUAGGGAGGUACCUAUGAAAGACGCCAAAGAAUAUGCAGAAUCUAUAGGCGCAAUUGUUGUUGAGACUAGUGCCAAAAAUGCAAUUAACAUUGAAGAACUCUUUCAAGCAAUCAGCCGGCAGAUUCCACCUUUAGAAACUCAUGAAAAUGGCAACAAUGGAACAAUCAAACUCAGGAAACAGACUGCUCAGACAACACGAAGAUGCUGUUAAACAAACCAGAAUUGGUUUAAUGCACUUGAAAAUAGAACAAGAUCAUUUAUUUAUUGAACCACGGACUUCAGAAAGCCAACAACAUGGUACACUCUCUAAAAACAGUAGUAUCAGUAUUCUUUAUUGAUGGGAUUAGUAGGAGAGAAAUGUCCUUCCAAUGAGUUCUGCAGAAUUAUGUAGGCAAUUCAUUUGAGCAGUAAACUGGUUGAAACAAUGACUCAGAUUAUUUGAAAUAAUCUGUUUAAAUCGUUGACUAUUCUAAAGAAGCAAUAAGUACAUUUUUUUUACAAAUCUUUUUUGUAUUUUCAGUAUGUUUCACGUUACGUAUAAUUUUACAGAAUUAUAAUAUACCAUAUUUUAAUCAAACGAAGAACAUUUUAUUUUACUGAAUUUGGCUUCUAUGAUUUUUUAGAGGUAUAUUUUUAAAGGUAUAAAUGAGGUACUUACACUUCUGCAUCCAAUGCAGAAAAACAUCUAGUGACAAUAAUAAUUCAAGUAAAUGUUAAACUGUUACUUCUGCAUUGGAAAAGCAAAAUCAUUGAAAUGCAAACACUUGUAAGAGACAGAAGCAGAGGUCUGCAGAUGUUAAAUGCAAGCAGACAUUUCAUCAAAAGCCAAAAAAGACCAGGAUACACUUUCUAUUGAAUUCAUCCAAAUUUGAAAUAACUUAACAUCAAUCUGACAGUCUGAAUACAUCAGUUCUAUAUUUUUAUUUUUUCUUGUUCUUUACCUUUAGUGUAGUUAUCUGCAUCUAUAUCUUUGAUCUGCCUGUUUCUUACUUAGUAACAAUACAGAUGCAAGGUGGAGUCCAAGGAAGUUGAAAACAAUACAACCUUUUUUUUAUCCGAGUCCUUUUUGUAAUAGAUUGAGUAAAGCUAAUACCAUACCAAGCUAAUGCAAACAACAGCCACCACUCAUUAAAAGACCUCAGUACUGUCAGCCCUCCCAGAUACAUCAGAAAAGAAACACAACUAAAUGCCAUGACUCAGUUUCCAGACUGAGAAACUUCAUCAACAUAUCGCCAUGCAAUUUGGGGAGGAUCAGUACACUCCAGUUACUUGUUCAGACUGAGAAAGCUGCUUGGAUGAGGAGCAAAACAUCUGAAACCAACAAGGAAAUAAAUCCAGUUGCCAUGACUCAAUUUCCAGACGACAAGAUGAACUAAUUCUACUUUAUUGUAAGGUUACAUUAAUAAAAUCUUGCAAGUCUGAAAGUACAGUGGUACCUUGGUACUCAUUGUUAAAUGGUUUGGGGAGGCAUGACAAGUGCUAAAAAUGACGAGUGCCAAACAAGCCACAAGGCUUACCAUGCCACUCUUUGUUUCGGCCAAGAAGGAAUUCCUGUCUGUCCCCUUUCCUAUGUCAGUAUGGCAAACUUCCUGUCUGCCUUCUGCAGCUGACCUUCCCAGGUUGGCUGACUUCCUGUCCAUUCUUCACAGAUGCCCCCCUUUAACAAUCACAGUGCAUCAAGUAUUAGACAAAGAAUGAGUACUGGGACAUUUUUUUUGUGUGUGUCAAAAUGUGCUACAUAGCCAAUUUAACGAGUUUUGAAGGCAUUGAGCACCGAGGUAUCAAUGUACAUACUUCUCACCACCACUGUUAAUUCCUUGAAACAUUAAAGUGGGUUUUUCCUAAGUUUCCUUAACUGUUAAGCACUGGGGACUCCUGCCUUUCUUGUUGGAUUGUUUUCUAAAUAGCAUAUCUUCCCCAAGGUUAUUCACACAUUCCAUUACAGUAGUGAUAUAUUUUAUUUCAUACUUCCUUUAUUGUAAAUUGCAUAUAUGUUGAAGUUGCUACAUGUUUAGUAAACUAAUAAAGAUUCCAUCGUAAAAAUUUAUAAUAGUAAAAGGUGACAAAUAUUCUAUAGAUGCAUUUUUUCUAUGUUCUUAUGCAAUGAAACAAAAUCUGUCUAUAUGGUCUUUUAAGAGUCAAUCCGGAUUUGAUCAUACAUAAUUAGUUCUGCAUAGAUAAUAAUUAGUUCUGCAUAUAUGACACUGAUCUACAGGGUAGAAUCAUAGAAGAAAUAUCAACUACUUAGUUUGACUACCUGCUUGAAGUAGCAUAUUUAUAUUUCUUGUUAUUAUAGAAUUGAACGUUGAAGUUGUGGAGGCACAAAAUAUUUCCAUGUAGAAAUGAGGAGCUCAUGUUGAAUCAUAAUUUUCAACAUAAUAUGUUUCAGGGCGGCUAUAGAAACAAAAAAGUCCUUGAAAACUCUUUUUGAACGAAUAGAAUAGAUUUUCUGCGAAGAUGUUUCGAUGUUCAUUCUUCUAUUAUACAAUAUAGACGUUUAGGUAAACUGUUCUUUUGACAGUAAAAACAGUCAAAUUAAAAUAACUGCCUAAUAUAGCAUAAAAGAAAGUUGUGAUUAUCUUUUUUUGAGAAUAAUUAGUGAAUAACUUUUGGGGGAUUGAUAUUUUCUGCCAAAAUUCAUAUCCAAUUUUGCUAAGAAGAUUGACAUUAGAAAAAAUAGUAUAUUAAAUCAUUUAGGGCUCAUUCUUUGCAAAAGUUCAGCCAAAUAUUUACUUCUAUACAUAGCGCUGUGGUUUAUAAGAAAAAGUAAAUAUCUGAGAAUCAAGUUCAUACAUAAAAGUUAACAUGGAAAGAAAACAAAGCUUAGUAUCAAUAUUUUACAGAGCAACUUCAGGAGCUGUGCAAUUCAAUGAAAAGAUAACAAAAAAAUAAGGCAAUAUUGCAUCUAAUUAUGUAGUAGUAAGCCCAAUCAAUACCAUGUGACAUUUUCCCAAGUAUGUAUUCAUUCAAUUGCAGAGCUUCUGAAAUUGCCAUUGUAAAGUAUUAAUAGGAAGCUUUGUUUUCUUUCCAUUUUAACUUUUAUGUAUGAAGUUGGCAGGUUAUAUUAAUUUGAUUUCUAGUUUUGUGUUUGGUAUUGUAGUUAAGGUGAAGCAAAACAAAUCUUACUAUAAAAAUAAAUCCAAAUCUUCUUAGUUGAGUGGGAAAUGAACAUGUUUCAUAUCCCUCUUAACUGGGAGAAAAAUUCUAUAUCACAAAACAAUCCUUAACUUCAGAUUACACCUGGAUUUGCACAACAUGCUAGGCCAAAAUAUGUUGUGGAAAUGUGGUUUAUUUAUAAUUGAAAAUAUAUGAACUAAGGGAAUGGGUUAAUUUAGUAAAUUAUGUUUCAGCUAAUUACGAGUGUUGUGCGAGCAAAGCAAAAUAAAGAGACAUGGGGCCACAAACAAACAUUUCUAUCUACAAUUUCUGAGGGCCAUCCAUUAGAUUCAGAAGAAAAUUCUUGAAAAUGAACCCUCUGCACAUAUUGGAACUGGAGUAAUGUGUGUAGGGUGAAUCCCUACUAUUCAGGUUCAAUACUUGGGAUUGGUUUUAUGAUGUUCCACUGAAAAGUUUUCUGUAAAAAAAAUUAUCUAGAAUCAAUUCUUGCCUUUAAAACAAUAACGAAGGUAGAGAAAAUAAGACCCUUAUGUGUGUAUCCUGUAAUCUACCUCUUCAGAUUCCAAAAGGACUCAUAAACAGUCUUUGGAAUGAGAAUAAUUGGUAAAAUGAAAUAAAGUUUCACUUCAGUAGGUUUCAUUGCUAUUUUCUCCAUAAAUAAAGUAGCAUACCUGUUUGUGUGCUAGGUAGUAUAAGAUGGCAUGAAAAUUUAUCUUUCUAGAAAUGGCAGAAUUAUGUUACUCAAGCAAGAGAAUCAAAUUAUUUUUUCUGUUAAGUAUUCACAGAUUCACAGGUGUGCAAAAAAAUUUUUUUUGAGAGCUGUUUUGGUUAUUCCACGUAAUCAUGUUUUUGGUGCGCUGAAUCCGAAAAU